AUGUCGGAUCCUCUGAACGCUCAAUCGGCAGGACCAUCCGAAGAAGAGAAAGCGAAAAUGCUUGAGCAGAAAAUCAGUGCCUUCCAAGACCACGUUGAACGUCCUGACAGCCGCCUCCGAAUCGCUGCAGAAAAAGCGCCGCGAGCGCCGGAAUUGCGAGCAAAAACUGAAGAGAGAGAAGGAGAAAACUGAGCACCUGAGGCAGAGAAACGAGCAGUUGGAGCAGAAAGUGAGCGAGUUGAUGGAGGGAAGAACGCCCACGGAAAGCGUCGAGAUGCCCGAGUGCGAGGUGUGCGGCGAGCAGUUCUGUAGAAUGGUCGAGAAGACGCCGAGGAUGCUGAGUUAGUUGUAGGAACACGGCAACCAAGAGUGAAAAAGAGAGCGUGGCCUUUCGCAAUUUCUCGCUAUCGAUGAAAACAUUGAAAUGUUCAUCAAAACGCAACGCUCGAGACAAUUUUCACAUAUUUCGGCCGAACCGAACAGAUUGCAAAUAAAAUCAGUUUUGAAAAAAUUGGAAUAACUCGCAAAUGUAAGCAUUUUUGCGUUCAAACAGCAAAAAUGAUCAAAAUUUAAGCAUUUUCAGCACAAAACUCGAAAAUCGAUUAAACUUUUCUAUUUCUAAAUGAACUCUGCCCGUUUUAGGCUGAAAAUGUGCGCAAUGAUUGAUUUGACGGAUUGUUGGUAUUACAAUGCAAAAUUAGUGUCAUUUUUGACGAAUGACAUGGAAAACAAGGUUAAAAUUUGUACCGUGCCCGAAAGGCCACGCCCCUUUUUUUGCUUUUGAUCGCCGUCGCCGUUUUUUAUCGGAAAACGGAAACGGAACAGGUCGUGAGGACAUAAUCUCUGCUCAUUUUGGUUUGAUUUUGAUCAAUUGUCCAGAAAACCCGUUAAAUGCGGUCAUAGUUGAAAAAACAUUGCCGACGAUCGGGACAGGAUCUCGUGUCCGUUUUGUAGAAAAGUAGAAAAGUCACCAGAUUGCCGGACUCCGAUCUGAGGAUUCUCAAGAAGAAUUACGCAAUUAUCUAUAUGUUCAUGAAAAGUUGAAUGAAGUUUUUACAUUACACUUUAUUGACUUUUUCUUUUAUCAGUUAUUCGAGCUCGCUCCCCCUAUCUAUACUUUAUUUUUCAUACAUUUCCAUGUAAUAUGUUAUUGUUUGUUGUUCGUCGUCCGAAAUUGUUCUCAUAGUCUAUUGUACCACCGUAUAUUGAUUGUUUUUCGGAGGCACUUCAGGAAACAAAAGGCAUUGAAGAAAUUGCAUAACAAGCUCCGCCCCCUUUGGCUCUUUUGAAAUUGCUGCUGAUUUUCCAUUCGUUUUUGACAAAAAUGAAGUGAAAACGGACAGGAAACAGUUGACAACAAAACCGUCUUUGACGUUGAGCACUUUGUUUAACCAACGAUUCAAAAGUUUUUUGCAGAAAUGGCCAGAGUUCGCCCACGCAACAUUGAAGAAGAACUGAAAACGAAGCGGACCAGAUUUUAUAGAUAUGAAGAGGACCGACUGGAAGCGGAAUUGAAAGCAAAGAGGCUGGAAUUGGAGGUGGCGAACAAACGGUUGAAAGUGAUGGAGGAGAAGUUGGAGAUACGAAUGAAAUAUAUGAAGGCGGCGGUGGCAAGGGAAGUGACCAGGAAUGCACUGUUGAUGAAACAACGGCACGAAGCGGCGUUCAAAGUGACGAGACUGUUCGACGAGUUGGAGAAGAACCGGAAGAAGAAGCAGGCGGCGGUGGAUCACUACGAAGCGAAGAACGAGGGACUGAAGCGGCGAGUGGCGGAGCUGAAGAACGGAACGGUGCCGCCCGUCUCGCUGAUGCCCGACUGCGAAAUAUGUUUGACCGAGUUCUGCAAAAGUGCCGAGAACGUUCCGAGGGUUUUGGGUGAGUGAGUCGAAGUGUAGAAUCUCAUUCUCAUUCUCAUUUAUGAUUUAGGCUGUGGCCACAGUGUGUGCGAGAAGUGCACACACGACAUGGUCGAGGAACAGGAAACGCAGGACACGCUCAUGUGUCCGUUCUGCAGACACGUCACCGAGCUGACCGACUCCGACGUGACGAGUCUUAAGAAGAACUACACGAUCAUCAAUAUGUUUUUGAGGAAUUGA